AUGGACGACAACAACAACAACAAUAACAACAACAAUGAUGAUAAUGGAAACAACGCAUAUGGAGAUGAAAACUGGAUCGUUCAACCGCUCGGUCCCGACGAUGACCACGAGGUCUGGGACUCGGGCAGCGGGGAUGAUGGCGUAGAUGACGGCCCAGCAAGCGGGAGCGAUGGCGAUGAUGCAAAUAGCGGGUUCGCCUUGGAUGUUGACGAAGAUGGGAAUGCUAUAAACGACCCGGGCCCCCCUGACGACGACGCAUACGGGAAUCAAAACUGGGCCCCCAUAGGUGACAACGGUGACAACGGCGACAACGGUGACAACGGCGACAACGGCGACAACGGCGACAACGACCUCGACGCUCUACGUAACACAGAUGGCUGGGAUUGGUUAUUCAAUUACGAUCGGCCGUACGAUGACGAACGAACCGAGUUCCACAACCAACAUGCUGAUUAUACGUCAAAUUGGUACCUAGAAGAUAUUCCCGCUACGUACGAGUUUGAUGUAUAUAGGCCAGUGGGGAGACAUUAUACCAACCCCCAACUAAUACAAAACGAUGAGGACCUUUAUUUGAGAAAUGAUUGGUAUUUCCGAAAUGGAAUCCCCCACGAGAUUUCAACACCCGAUGAGCAAGGGUGGAGAUGUUUUCAACUUUGGAUGCUGGAGAUCGCUCGAUCAUGGUGGCGACCUAUAGAACACCCGCAACCUGCGCUGAGCCCAGAGCUGUUCGCGAACAUAUACGUUAGAGGACAUAUGAAUUUCUUCCGAGUAAUGCGGUCUCGUGUAGAUAGACAAGUACAGCACUCUUUCUGGACGCGUUUCGCGCGCCGCCGCCAUAGGGAAGCUUUGACCUAUGAACCGACGUUCAAUCGGCUUCGAUAUCGACAAGAAGUGAUCAUGUAUAGUUUGACCGGAAUGGAUGGCGCCCUUGUUAGUGCCGAUGACUCGCAGGAGGUCGAGAGUUUCGCACGAUUCUUAUUAUCCCGCGCCGUUUGGGAGCCGUGGAUCGAGUACGGGCAAGAUUACCUGCAGUGGCACCCAGAGACGCAGAACGCAAGGUGGAACAUGAUCCAACCUACCUUACACAAUGCGGAUAUUGCUGCUGCUAGGAGGCGUGUAUAUGGGCGGGGGAUAACAGACCGUGAGAAUCUGAACAAAGAAAACUGGGCCCAUGAAGACCACGCGAUGAGAUUUAUCAUCACCCUCUAUGACGAAGCGGAACGACAAUUGACAGCAGCUGGGUUUGGACCUGAUGAAGUACUGAAUGGUUGGCGUGCCUGCUUAUUUAAACAAGAUAACCGGGCUGAUCUCGACGACCGAUACUGGUUUGGAUUUUGUUUGCUCAUGUUACUAACGGCAAGCUGGCAACAUAACAGAGAAUAUCCCGAUGAACGUUAUGAAGAUACUCUAGUCCCGGCACUCUACCCAGAUUUCGAAGCACGUCCAUUUGAAUUUCCCGACGUCGAGGUUGGGUCACUUGAUCUUGACCCUAAUAAUCCAUGGGUUAUUUAUCCAGAAUACGUAUGUCCGUUCGACUUCGAUUUAACGUAUAGCUUGGGAAUAACGGAGGCGCGUGAAGGCGCCGCAGUAUUCGAAACGGAAACUGGCGUGGAACGUACGGAUAAUGGUGUCUGGAUUCCCUCGUCAUAUCCCUGGAUUAGGUUCUAGGUAGGUAUACUCCCUUUUUUUUUUCGUUGGUUUUGAGUAUGAUACCUCUAGGAAUAUACCUCGUAGUAUUUAUAAUAGGUAAGGUAAUACAGAACGGUAAGUAAACUAAAAUUG